AUGUCUGAUACAACGAAUGCCUUGGAAAUAUUCAGUCCUGAUCAAUCCAUUGGUUUAAAGGAAAUAAAAAAUCGUUGUCGAAGCAGUUCAAAUGAAACAACUACUCCAUCAGUUAAAUCAUUAUCAUUAUUAGAACAUAAUCAAUCCAAUUCAUUCUCAGCUUAUCAAAAGUUAACAAUAUGGAAAGAAUCUAUUGAAAAACAUUUAAAUCAUAUUUAUUUAGAAAAACUUAAAGAAAUAGAUAACUUAUUAACACAGGGACAAAAUCAUAUUGAUAUCAUAUUUAAAAAAGCACCAUCAUUUGGACAAUUAGUUACAGUUAUAAGUCCACGACAAACUAUUGAUUAUCCAUUUGAUGAUAUUGAAUUAGAUCAUACUAAUUCUCAAUUAUUUGACUUAACAAGUAAUAAUACAUUACUUUCUACAUCAAAUAAUAAUACAUUAACUUAUGAUGAUAUUACAUCAAAUUUAAUUUUAUAUAAUAAUCAAUCAAAAUUAAAUUCAUAUCUAUGGGAUAUAGAUGAAUAUGGUAAACCAUGUGAUUUAACAUAUUCGUAUUAUUUAAAUGUAUAUUGUAUAAUAACAAAUCGUGGUUUGUUUACAUGGUCAUAUGAAAAUCCAACUAUACCUUUACAUAUUGAUUCAAUAAAAUCUAUACGAGGAAAUCGUUUAUGGACAAUGGCAUCAACUGUAACCCGACCUGAUGUAUUUAUAUUAUUUAAAUCAGGUAGUUAUAUUGAAAGAUGGAAUUCUCAGAUUGGUACAAAAUCUUGGCAACAUAUAAAACGUUGGUCAAAUCAUGAAUUAUUUGAAAGUGCUCAUCAACAUAUAAGAACAAUACGAAUGACAUCAAAUUAUGUUGCAUGGACUGUUGAAUCAACAAAAAUAUUUGAAUGGCGAGUAGAUUUACUUGAUUAUGAUUUACAAAUUAUUCGACAAGGUAUUAAAAUAGAUCAUUUAGAUAAGUAUUCAUCAUGUUUAUUAUCUAAUUUUGAUUCUGAACAAUAUCUUAUUAUUGAUAGUAAUGGUCAUUUAUUAUUUUUACUUGAUUCAAACGGUCAUAUUAAAUUAAUGGAUGACCAUAUUAUCAAUAAACGUAUUAAAAAUGCUGUUUUUAUGAACAAUAAUAAUGAUAAUCAACAAUGGCUUGUUGUUCGAUUAGAACAACCAAAUCAAUUGUAUUAUAUUUCGUUAUUAAACAAAACCGACAAUAAAAAAUAA